UCAAAAGGCGCUGAAAGUGAAAAGAAGGUUGUUGUUGUUGUUCAUCAUUCGUAUAAAAAAUGGCGAUAAUUGUUGUUGUUUGUGCACUUGAUUUGGUUUCCUCGUUUGAUGGUCCGGUCUGUUGUAUUGUUGUUUCGGUUGUUUCUGUAGACGUUCCGACGGCGCUGAUGACGAAUCUGACGGUUCUAUGGGAGCAUGUUUGUUGUAUCCGAAGUAUUAUUGUCUGGCGGAAAACUUUUAAAUUUUAG